AUGCAACCUCGGCGAAUACCUCCUUCUUCCUCAGGAGGGGAGGAUAAUCCUAUAACUUUUGAUAGUGAAAUGGCUUCACCACCCAACGACGACACUUUUAGUCAAAAUAGAGUUAACUACAGAAUGAAGAGUAAAAAUCAGCCUUUGACACCGCCCAUCAGAUUCGCAACCACUACCAACGCAUUUGGACUUUCCUCUUCUUCAUCCUCUUCAUCGACACUAUCGAACAUGAAUGUCGUUAAUACAGCUUCGACGAGAGAUGUACCUUUGAUCAUACCUAAUGGACCCGUCUUUGGAGUUAGUGGAAUGAGAGUCGAUAUCUCACCUCCAUCCGCAGGAUCGAUCACUACUCGUAAACUUAGAAGACCAUCAAUGUUGAGUUUGCAACAGAAUAUCUCAUUCUCUUCUGAUAAUUCAGGUAAAGCAGAUGAUGAAUCUACUCCGAUUCCUCCUAAUUCUUCACCCGCCGACAUUUCAAUCAUCAACCAAGAUCAUAACAAUCAGAAUGUGCUAAACACCAUUCAAGAUCCAUCAAGUUCCAAAACAAUUUCAAAGAUCAUUGCUGGUUCAAACCAAUAUCAAAAUCAACUUUCGACUGGUACAUCUAAUCCAUUCAAUGCGAAUACAAUACAACCGACACCUAGAUGGGCAGGCAAUGGAGGAUCAUUCGCAAAUGCUUUGAUAAGAAGAACGACUUCAGCACCAAUCAUACCAUUCGAAGAUCUCAAGACAUCAACUCCACCAUUAAGUUCGGUAUCGCAAUUACCGAGGGAAACACCGAUGGAUAUGGAAGAAGAUGAAGAUGAUGAAGAAGAUAAAAGUUCAUCAUCCAAGUCACCAUUGAAAUGGAUACCGACACAUCUGAAAUCAUCUUCAUUAUCUUUAGGAAGAAAAGGUAAAGGCAAAAUGGAUGACGAUAUAUCACUUUCGCCAACUAAAACAGCAACAGCGAUAUCAUCGGCAUCGACAACAGGUGCUCCGACAUUCACGGGAAGACCGUUGUCAAACGCUCUAUUACAAACCUUAGCUUCAGAAGAAAGACCGUUAGAUCAUGAAAUGCAAUCUGAAGCAAGAUUGCAAAGAUUCUUACUUUCACAUCCACAAAAAUUACCCUUGACACCACGUGCACCUAAGGGAUCUAGAGGUCGAUUCCCAGAUCAAGUAGGUGGAGACGAUGAUGAUGAAGAGAACAAUUUUCCCAAUUUAGGUCCAGCUAGAAGAAGUACAAGUUGGACAGCUACAAGAAGGAAUUGGAUGGAUAGAGCAAGAUUUGAUGAUUCAGAUACCGACUCUGAUGAAGAAGAAGAAUUGAUAGGUGGUAAAGAAGAACCUGUGAACAGUGCUUUUGCAGCAGGAAUGGAUAUGGACAGACCUACUUCUUCAAGUUCUUCUAACAUGUGGAUAAGUCAUAACAAUUCUUCCGAAGAUUCAGGUACAGGUACGUAUACAGGUAAAUCAACUCCUCCGAAAUUAGACCAUCAACAACAACAACACAGUCAUCUGCAACAAUAUCAUCACCAGCAAUCGCAACAAAUUGGAAUAGGCAAUCCAUUCCCUACACCUCCUUCCACGAAUGGUCCCUUUGCACCGAACACGAGCUCAAACUCGAAUUUCCGCUCAGGUAGAUUAUCAUUCUCAUCUACCGGUCAAGGUAUGGUACCAUCUCCUGGGUUUGGUUUACCGUCCGCUUUCGGUGGUUUGGGUAUGGGUGGAAUCGGUACUCCCUUAGCAAGUCCAACUGUGGAAAGAGUAGAACUAGGUGCUUCGCCGGGUGCGACCACAGGCGGUAAUGGCGGAAUGAACGUUAGUAGCCCAGGAUUGAUGUUGUAUAGGGAAAGUCAAGGUGGUCAAGCUACCGUAAGGUCUGGUAAGAGGAAAGCCCAAGUAGAAGACCGAUUCGAUCCCUAUAAACGGCCAAGAGGUUCUUCGCCAUCACUGAUAAAUUCAUCUCCAUUCCCUUUAUCUCCUUCAAGAACAUCGUCAAUACCUAUACCGCAAUCACCAUCUCAUGCACCAUUAUAUCCAUCGACGUUAUCAAGUCUAUCAACGUCUCUGCAGAGACAUACACGACCUGCACAUCCUUACACACGUCCGAUGGCGAACAGGUCUCGUGCUGCUUCUCCUGCUUUAAGUAUAGGUAGUGCAGGUGGAUUAAGCUCUUCAUUGGGUAAUAAAGGAAAUGGUAAUCCCGGAGGGGGUGGGGGUCAGCAAUUAGGCGGAUUAGGCUUGUUGAGUAUACAACAUAGCGUCAAUGAAGAAGAUGAGAGAGAAGGUACGGGAGAAGAUAUGAGAAGAGAAGAUUCAGGUGAGAGAAUGGAAGAAGAUUAA